CGCCAUUUGGUGAGAGAGGAGCAGGUGAAGGAGGGUCGUCCUUCUCUCUCCGUCCCUCCCUCCCUCACUCUCCGUGUGCCCCCCCUGCUCAUCUAUAACCCCCUCCCCAACAACAGCCGCCCCCAGAGAGGAGUGAUCCUAACAUCAAAAACUCAGAGAAGACCAAUCUCGCCUUUCACCGGGCGGAGGACGCAGGAACGCCCCGUGUUUGCUGUGGACUGAUUGACUCUGUGUUACCGUCAGCUGCGGACAUUGGAUCAUGGAAUCUGCUGUUGAAAGUGGAUUGAACGUCACCCUCAGUCUCCGCCUCCUGAUGCACGGCAAGGAGGUGGGAAGCAUCAUCGGAAAGAAAGGAGAGACCGUCAAAAAGAUGCGAGAGGAGAGUGGAGCCCGCAUCAAUAUCUCCGAAGGGAACUGUCCGGAGCGCAUCGUGACGCUGUCCGGACCCACGAGUGCCAUUUUCAAGGCGUUCUCGAUGAUAACGCACAAGCUAGAAGAGGACAUCAACAGCGCCAUGGUCAACAGCACUGCCUCGAGCCAGCCACCGGUCACUCUGCGGAUUGUCAUUCCCGCCAGCCAGUGUGGCUCUCUCAUCGGGAAGGGAGGCUGCAAGAUCAAGGAGAUUCGAGAGUCCACAGGAGCCCAGGUUCAGGUGGCUGGAGACAUGCUUCCAAACUCAACAGAGAGGGCCAUCACCAUCGCUGGGACCCCGGCCUCCAUCAUUGAGUGUGCCAAGCAGAUCUGCGUGGUCAUUCUCGAGCAGUCCUCUCCAAAAGGGAUCACCGUCCCCUAUCGUCCCAAGCCAGUUUCGGCACCUGUCAUCUUUGCCGGCGGCCAGGCCUACACCAUUCAGGGGCAGUUUGCUAUUCCACAUCCUGAUCUCACCAAGUUACACCAGCUCGCAAUGCAGCAAACCCCUUUCACCCCCGUGGGACAGACCAGUCCUGGAUACUCAGGUUUGGAUUCCACUCAGACCAGUUCACAUGAAAUUGCAAUUCCAAAUGACUUGAUCGGAUGCAUUAUUGGACGUCAGGGGAGUAAGAUCAAUGAGAUCCGGCAGAUGUCUGGGGCGCAGAUUAAGAUCUCAAACCCAGUGGAGGGAUCGACUGACCGACAGAUCACCAUCACCGGAUCUCCAGCCAACAUCAGCCUGGCUCAGUACCUCAUCAACGCCAGGUAA